AUGAUUGACGAUGAUUCUCUGCCUGCUACAUCCUGUGGGCCAGACCAGAACGAGAGUGAUCAUGAAGGCUUCCAUGAUCAGGAAGGCUCUCAUGAUCACAGAGAUGAAGAUAUGGAAGAUGGCAAUAGUCAUUGGGGAGCCAUGAGAGCGGAAGGGGAAAGCUGGAUAUUGCCUUCUAUGAUUGUCGCGCCGAGGCGGGAUGUAGGACAUCGGGUGGUGCGGUGGCCGACUUUGAGGGAUAUCGAGAAGGAUAUUGAGCCGGGCUUUGUGGCGGAUGGUGCGGGUUUCGGUGUCAGUAGGGGUGAGUUGGCGAGUUCGGUAAUUGGUGCUGGGAUGAAUGAGCCGAAAGGGGAGAUGAAGAUGAAGAAGGACAUGAAUGUGAACAGAGCCCGAGCAGGACGGGCUGAUGCUCAACGAGAAGCACGCGCUGAGUCUGAUCGUCGAGAUCGCAUUGCUGAACUUACGCCGUGGCUGGAAAUCUUGGGUAUCGAUCCCUCAGAUCAUCAGGCCUCCCUCAGUACCAAUCCUAGGAAGGAUGCACAGUUUGAGCCGGGCUUCGUGGAGCACUGUCGUGAGACUUUCUUGACAAGAUACAAGGGCUUUCCUGUUGAUCUGGAGCAUAAGUGGACGAAGAUGCCGGUGGGGUGUCUCAUGUCGGGGGCGGAGUAUAUUGAUAUCAGGAGCAGGGAUGGGGGCGAGAGGGCCAGAGAGGUGGGUGGGACGAAGAAGAAGGAGAAGCGGGAGAAGAGGGAGAGAAGGUGCGAGUGA